GAAUCGACAAUGACAAAAAGUAUUAAACGUCUCAACUCUAGUUGUAAUCGCAUUCUCUGUAUUUAUGUGAUAUUAGCUUUUACUUCAGCCACACUUAGCACUCCCCCGCCCUGCGGCCUAUAUGGAGCCCCGCCUUGCCAAUUCCUGCCAGCACCGCCGGGUCAGACGCCAAGUUGUGCGAGGCCCGGCAAAACCUAUUGCGAACACGUCGAUAACUAUCCCACAUAUCUCAUCAAGAGUCUCGUUCGGAAAUGGGGCUACGAGGCGACGCAUUUGCUGAUAGACGAGACAUGGGAGGACUUUGCGGCAGUGGCGUGGCACGAUACGCCCGUUUUCUACGAUCCCAAGUCCAUAUUCCCGCAACGCGAUUUCAAUAAUGGCAACGGGCACGAUUUCAAUGGAUAUAGCUAUCAGACACCAUUCGGAGGCGCGCCACAACGCCCCGGCGGUACCAGUAACUCGCUUUUCAUAACAAAUCCCACAACCGAGCUGCCAACCUACUUGCUGUACACCACAUCGGGUCAACGUCUCAACUUUAACAAACAGCAGCAGCAGCAUCACCAACAACAACAACAGCAGCAGCAGCAGCAGCAGCAGCAGCUGCCCAGUGGGGGGCAACUGUUUUAUAACCAGGCGGGCAAAAGCACGCCCUACAACGCCACACUCUGGCUCAAGCGUUUGGUGCGCGAUUUGAGCCAAAAGCAGAAACUGCAGCAGGAGAUUGCCAAAAUGGCAAAGGAGCAGAAGAAGGAGAAGGAGCAGGAGGAGAAGGAGGAGGAGGAGGGAGAGCAGCUGCAGCAAAACAAACGCGAUGUCUCACUCAACAUGGAUCUCUUAGAUAUUGUAGGUGUUGAGCCGGAUGAAAAAAAAUCAACAGCCUCACGCAUGAAACGUCAGAGUCCUGGACGCUCGACGCUUUGUCAGACCACCUCACAGUUCAUCACACCACAGGCGGCCCUCAACAGUCGCGGCAACUGGAUGUUUGUCGUGAAUGAACAGAAUACGGCUCGUCAAAUGGUCAAGGCGGAAUUGUGCGCCUCAAACACCUGCUCGAAUCUUUGCGAGCUGCCCAAUGGCUACAAUUCCAGAUGUGAGCAGAAAUUCGUACAAAAACGUUUAAUUGCGCUCCAGGGCAAUGGACAAAAUCUCUACACGGACACGUUCUGGUUUCCCAGUUGUUGUGUUUGCACGAUAGCCGCCAAUUGA